GGAACUUGGAGAAUUGUUCUGUCAAAAUUAUGCAUUAACUCGAGAGAGGCCGUUCCGAUUCACAGGCUAUGUCACUGUUGUCAGUGUUUGCAGAUUCCUGGCAUUUCAAGUCAUGGAUCUCCGAUCUUCGUCGAGAUUUGUGCUUCUUUUUGCAGGUCGUCGCCUCAUCAAGCCAGCCACAUUCACAAUCGUUGCUGUUUCUCUCGUAAAUGUCGGUCUUACUUGCCACCUGCAGUGAUCCUCUUGUCCCAGUCCUUUGGCCUAGGGCCGUUGAUUGAUCUAAAGUGUCAGUUGCUGAGAGCCAGUGUUGUCAUUGCAUAAAAAAAUUCGUGUUCUGAUUUUAACUUCAAUGUAUGGUGGAAGUUAUGCGCGCGUUAUGCAUCUGAUUGGAACCUCGAGUUUAUGCGACCAAAUUACCAAAAUCUGUAUUCGAUUGUCUUUUCUCUUAUAUGUAACUAGAUUGAACGAAGGCAAGUAGGGCUAAAGAUCAUACGGUCCCGAAUUUUAGCCGCGUGGGGGAUUUGGGAAAUGAGUUUGAUAAAUGGGUGUAUCAUCCUAUCUAGAGUCCGGUGGUUAUCUUGACAUGUCGGAAUACUUUUCCGCCCGGUUGAGUAAAUUUUUGGGUGCGCAAAAAAGCAACAUUCAUCGAUGUUUUGAUGGGGUAGAAAUCGAAAUGAAGGUAGAAAAUCUACGUUUGCACUAUAAAAGUCAAUUAGGUGCAUAAUCAAAGCUAAUCUUAGAUAGCUCUUGUCCAUCGUUCUCUUCCCCUUCUCAAAUUUUUCAUCGGUUCCGGAUUAAAUCGAGUCACAUGACAGCAACGGAUUCGGGUAGGAUUAGGAUUCAAGAUUACGACAUCGGUAAAAUUAGUGAACGGAAAAAGAAGUGACCUAGUUGUUCGAUGUCGGCUGCCGCCGUUCUCCUAUCCAUCUCUUCCUGGAGAGUUUUGAGCAUGGGAACUUUAACAACUGAGAAGGCCAGCACAGUCAAAUUGUUUGUUCAACUCCAGGAUGUUGACCCGAGUGUUUUCGUCAAGGCUCAAUUCGUUUAUCCGUCUGGAAUUUGUUCUAUUUAUGCAUACCUGAUUGGCCACGACAUGAUUUUCAUCUGAAUUACAGCUGUUUCAGCUGGAGAAAUAAGCUCCCCAUGUCCCAUUUGCCACCCUUCUUUCUCGCUCUCCAUGCAACAUCACAAGUUGGCAAAAACCAUCCGACGCCCAAUCUCUGUCUCUCUCUGUCUCUCUCUACCCCCCCCCUUCAAACGUUGUCAUAACCAAAAAAACAAAGCUCAAAUCAGGUGCCUCUCUAACCGUCCCUCUCCCUCUCUUGAAGAACAUGCGUUCCAAAUUCUAUCGCUCUCUCCCGCCGGAUCUCUGAUCACGCCGUCGCCAUAUGGCACACGCCGCCUGCCGAGAGUCCUUCUCUGCGGCCACGGACCUCGAGUGGCCCUUCGGGAAGCUCGACGGCCUGGACCACGACGACAUCCGCGAGACCGCCUAUGAGAUCUUCUUCACCUCUUGCCGUUCCUCGCCCGGAUUCGGAGGCCGCACCGCCAUAGCUUAUUACUCGUCGUCGUCGCAUGCGUCCGACAAUGCGGAGGGAGGUUCGUCGGGGGCCGGAGCCCAGGGCAGGGCCAAUGGGGUGGGGAUGGCGCCGAAUAGUAGGGUGAAGAGGGCCCUAGGGUUGAAGAUGAUCAAGCGGUCGCAGUCGAAGAGGAUGGUAUCCGGUUGGGCCAACGUCGGCGGGAUGUCCGCGCCAUCUUCACCGAACCGGCACAGCAUGGGGACCAAGCUGUUGAGCCCCGGGUUGUUGCACACAGUUCCGCCUUCGAGGGCGAGGCGGCCGCUCACGUCGGCCGAGAUCAUGAGGCAACAGAUGAGGGUGACGGAGCAGAGUGAUAACAGGCUCAGGAAAACGCUUAUGAGGACUCUUGUAGGCCAAAUGGGAAGACGAGCAGAGACCAUAAUCCUUCCGUUGGAGCUUCUCCGGCACAUCAAGCCGUCCGAGUUCAGCGACUCGCACGAGUACCACCUUUGGCAGAAGCGCCAGCUCAAGGUCCUCGAGGCCGGGCUCCUCCUCCACCCCUCUAUCCCGCUCGAGAAGUCGAACACUUUCGCCGCGCGCCUCCGGGACAUCGUCCUGUCGGGCGACACGAAGCCCAUCGACUUCGGGAAGAACACGGACGUCAUGAGGACCCUGUGCAAUUCCGUUGUCUCUUUGUCUUGGCGGAGCGCGAGCGGGACUCCGACCGACAUCUGCCACUGGGCCGACGGGUUCCCGCUCAACGUCCAUCUAUACAUCACUCUCAUGCAAUCGAUCUUCGACGUGAGGGACGAGACGUUGGUCCUGGACGAGGUCGAUGAACUUCUUGAGCUCAUGAAGAAGACAUGGUCCACAUUGGGCAUCAACAGGCCUAUCCACAAUGUGUGCUUCACUUGGGUGCUUUUCCAACAAUAUGUGGCGACGUCGGAGAUGGAGCCGGACCUCCUCUGCGCCUCGCACGCCAUGCUCGUGGAAGUAUCGAAAGAUGCCAAGAAGCCGGAUCGAGACGCCAUAUUCGUCAGGAUCUUGUCGUCGGUGUUGUCAUCGAUGCGAGAGUGGUCGGAGAAACGGUUGCAUCACUACCAGGACUACUUUUCGAGGGGGAUGGUGGGAUUGAUCGAGAACAUCCUCCCUAUGGCGUUGACGGCCUCGACCAUUAGCAGCGAGGACGCCAUGCUACCGGUCACGGCAGGCCACGGGAACAAGGACUCGGUCCUGGACUCUACCGGCGAUCGCGUGGACGACUACAUAAGGUCCUCCUUGAGGAAUGAAUUCACAAAGAUGAUUCAAAGCGGCCAUUUCAAUCACGCGAUGGAUUCGAAAGAAGAGGCGACCGAAGCUCUUCUCAGCCUGGCGAAAGAGACGGAGGAUCUGGCCUUGAGAGAGAGGGAACACUUCAGCCCCAUCAUGAAGAAAUGGCAUCCGUUCGCGGCGGGGGUCGCGGCGGUGGUGCUGCACAAUUGCUACGGGGCCAUGCUGAAGCGGUACCUGACCAGCACGCCGAAGCUCAGCAGCGAAACCGUGAGCGUGCUGCAGAGAGCUGGGAAGCUAGAGAACUUCCUGGUGCAGAUGGUGGUCGAAGACUCCACCGAGUGCGAAGACGGCGGCAAGUCCCUCGUCCGAGAAAUGGCGCCGUACGAGGUCGAUACCAUCAUCCUGAAGCUUUUGAAGCAAUGGAUCGACGAGAAGCUCAAGAAAGGAAAAGAAUGCCUCCGUCAAGCCAAAGAAACCGAGACAUGGAAUCCAAAGUCGAAGACGGAGCCGUACGCGCAAUCCGCGGUGGAGCUGAUGAAGCUGAUAAAGGAAACCGUGGACGAGUUCUUCGACAUCCCGAUCGGAAUCACCGAGGAUUUGAUUCAAGAUCUCGCCGACGGCCUAGGCCACCUGUUUCAAGACUACAUUUCAUUUGCUGCAUCAUGUGGAUCAAAGCAGGGUUACAUUCCCUCGCUCCCUCCUCUAACAAGAUGUCACAGUGCCUCCCAACUUGUCAAGAUUUGGAGGAAGGCCACUCCUUGCCGGGUAGGAGCGGAAGAUGGACAUACGGUCGGGGCCAACGACGGCCACAACCCGCGGCCGUCGACGAGCCGCGGCACGCAGCGCCUCUACAUCCGCCUCAACAGCUUGCACUACCUCCUCACCCACCUCCACUCCCUCAACAAGACCCUCACCCUCUCGCCCCGGGUCUCCCCGUCCCGGAACCGCUUCACGAACCGGCGGCAGCAGGGCAAGACCUCGUCCUACUUCGACAUCGCCCGGACGUCGAUCCACGCGGCCUGCCAACACGUCUCCGAGGUCGCCGCGUACCGCCUCGUAUUCCUCGACUCGAACAGCGUCUUCUACGAGAAUCUUUACGCCGGCGACGUCGCCAAUGCCCGCGUGAGGCCCGUCUUGAGGAUCCUCAAGCAGAACCUGACUCUACUGUGCGCGAUCCUCACGGACUGUGCUCAGCCGCUCGCGGUCAAGGAGAUCAUGAAGGCCGCCCUCGAGGCCUACCUCAUGGUGCUCCUCGCGGGCGGCAACUCGCGGGUCUUCUACCGAGGGGACCACAAGAUGAUCGAGGACGACCUGGCGAGCCUGAAGCGGGUCUUCGCCUCCUGCGGCGAGGGGCUCAUCGCCGAGGACGUCGUCGACCGCGAGGCCGAGGUCGUCGAGGGCGUGGUGGCGCUGCUCGGGCAGCCGACGGAGCAGCUCAUCGAGGACUUCAGCAUCCUGACGUGCGAGACGAGCGGGAUCGGGGUGAUGGGCGCGGGGCAGAAGCUGCCGAUGCCGACCACGACGAGGAGGUGGCACCGGUCGGACCCGAACACCAUCUUGAGGGUGCUGUGCCACAGGAACGAUAGGGCGGCGAAUCAUUUCCUCAAGAAAUCGUUCCGGAUGGCCAAGAGGAGAUGAAUGUGCAAUUUGCAUGUCUCUCUUAUCAGUAGUAUGUACUUGGCAAAAAGGUGGAAAUCAUGUCACGAUUUAUA